AUGCGCAGUGUGAGUGGCAUCUCUCGCAUCCAGAGCCCGCUCCCCUCCUCCCUCAGCCUCCGCCUCCCCCCCCUUCCAUCAUUUUCCCGUCUCUUACUCACUCUCUUCCUUACAACAAACAUGGCCGCGAAAUCUGACGGUGCAGCCGUGUGUGAGCGCGUCGAGCCCCCGGAGAGGGCUCCCCGGGCCGAGGCGCGGCCUGUGCCCGAGCAGCGCUACUCUCUGCGGGACUUCUGCUGGACGCUGUGCGCUCUGCUCGUCUUCUUCUCGGACGGGGCCUCAGACCUGUGGCUGGCAGCGGACUACUACCUCCGCACAAACUACUGGUUCUUCGCCCUGACUCUGGUCUUUGUGGUCGUGCCCUCUCUGGUGGUGCAGGUGCUGAGUUUCCGAUGGUUCGCCUUCGACUUCGUGGAGUCGGUGGACGGAGGCUCCGCUGCGGCUGUGGUGGGUGCAGGAGCGGAGCACACCGACCCCAGCCCCAAGGACAGCGGUGAACAGGGCGCUGUCCGCCCCGUAGCCAACGCACUGCUGCCCGGGACCACCGGGACCUCCGGGGGACGAGCUCAGAGCUGCUGCAGCGUGUGCGUGUGGCUCUUCCAGGGGCUCAUCCAUGUCUUUCAGCUGGCGCAGGUCUGGAGGUACGUGCACGCGCUGUACCUGGGAGUGCAGAGUCGCUGGCACUCGGACCCGGAGCGCAGACACUACUUCUGGAGGAUGAUGUUUGAGAGCGCCGAUAUCAGCAUGCUCCGUCUGCUGGAGUCCUUCCUCAAGAGCGCCCCCCAGCUGGUACUGCAGCUCAGCAUCAUCAUCUACACCAACCGUGUGCUGCCGCUCCAGGGGCUGUCGGCCUCUGCUUCGCUGAUCUCCCUCGCCUGGAUGGUUGCAUCGUAUCAGAAAGUCCUGCGUGACAGUCGAGACGACAAGCUCUCCAUGUCCUACAAGUCUGUGCUGGUGCAGAUUCUGUGGCACCUUUUCUCCAUUGGGGCGCGCACUCUGGCCUUCGCCCUGUUCGCCUCUGUGUUCCAACUCUACUUUGGCAUUUUCAUCGUCGCGCACUGGUGCAUCAUGACCUUCUGGAUCAUUCAGGGUGAAACCGACUUCUGCAUGUCCAAGUGGGAAGAGAUCAUCUACAACAUGAUGGUGGGAAUCGUCUAUAUCUUCUGCUGGUUCAGCGUUAGGGAGGGCCGCACUCGCUGCCGCCUGCUCAUCUACAGCUUGACCGUUUUUGUCGAGAACGUGGCGCUAACUACGGCUUGGUACCUGCACCGCGGUUCAAGAAUGUCCGAUUUCUACGCCGUUGUUCUCGUGUGCGUGGUCGCGAGUAGUUACGCCCUGGGCACGUUUUUCAUGUUUGUCUAUUACUGCCUGUUGCACCCCGACGGACCUGUGUCAGGGUGGACUUAUAUCGUCGAAAAGGAAGUUCCAAUUGUAGACAUUGUGGCUUCUCCCGUUUCUAGCCAUCCGCCUGACGUAGUAAGCAGCCCUCCCAGAACUCUGCAAAGAACUAAAGGCACAGAGCCGGGCUGUGGCAUAGACGGAGACGUGUUCCAAGUUCGGGCUCUCCGCGGAGCUAAGGCCUUGGCACAACAACAGCAGCUCUCCCCCAGGACAGAGGGGCCAGUAAUCCGGAUAGACUUACCCAGAAAAAAGUACCCGGCUUGGGACGCACACUACAUAGAUCGCAGGCUGCGUAAAACCAUCCUGGUGCUCGAGAGUGCCGCUCCGGUCACACCCAGGAUACACUACCGCUGCCUGGGCACUGAGAAAGAGGUGAUGGAGUACGAGACCACGGUGUGA